AUGAGAACCUGUCUUCCUGUACUUUCUAGGUCUCUCCAUCACGGACCAGACCGGACAGUAUUUGUCCACGUCCCAAAUGUUUCCAGUGAUCUGGAGGUUGACAACCUCGGCGAAGCUCUCCUGCUCCUCAUCAUCUUCCUGUCCAAGCUGAUGAAGCUCAAGACUUGUGCAGCGCUUUCAAAUUUCUUCGACCAUAAAUUCCAACCAUCCUCCUCUGUGGUUGACUCAACGAACUAG